AUGGAUACCGGUGUUAUUGAAGGAGGCCUGAAUGUUACCCUCACCAUCAGACUCCUGAUGCAUGGCAAGGAAGUUGGUAGUAUCAUUGGAAAGAAAGGAGAAUCUGUUAAAAAGAUGCGUGAAGAGAGUGGUGCUCGUAUUAACAUCUCAGAAGGCAAUUGCCCAGAAAGAAUUAUCACCUUAGCUGGUCCAACAAAUGCCAUCUUCAAAGCCUUUUCAAUGAUAAUUGACAAACUGGAAGAGGAUAUCAGCAGCUCAAUGACAAACAGCACUGCCUCCAGCAAACCACCUGUUACGCUGCGUCUAGUGGUUCCUGCAAGCCAGUGUGGAUCACUCAUUGGCAAAGGAGGUUGUAAAAUAAAGGAAAUCAGGGAGAGUACAGGUGCACAGGUCCAGGUUGCAGGGGAUAUGCUGCCGAACUCCACAGAACGUGCAAUCACUAUUGCCGGUAUUCCUCAGUCCAUCAUAGACUGUGUCAAGCAGAUCUGUGUGGUAAUGCUGGAGUCUCCUCCAAAGGGGGUCACCAUCCCAUAUCGGCCAAAACCCUCCAGUUCUCCGGUUAUUUUUGCAGGUGGGCAGGCCUACACCAUUCAAGGACAGUAUGCCAUUCCUCAGCCUGAUCUGACCAAGUUACACCAACUGGCAAUGCAGCAAUCUCACUUCCCUAUGUCCCAUAGUGGCAACACCGGAUUCAGUGGAGGUAUUGAUGCUUCAGCUCAGACAACUUCCCACGAACUCACCAUUCCAAAUGAUUUGAUCGGUUGUAUCAUUGGACGUCAAGGAGCUAAAAUAAAUGAGAUUCGCCAGAUGUCGGGGGCACAGAUUAAGAUUGCUAACCCUGUUGAAGGCUCCACUGAUCGUCAGGUUACAAUUACUGGGUCCACAGCCAGCAUUAGUUUGGCCCAGUACCUUAUCAAUGUCAGUCUAGAAACCGCUAAACCUUCCUCCUCCCAGAGCGUCACGACCCCUGACCUUCUCAGCAUCUCUCAAUCCUCCACCCCUUCCUCUUCCAACGCUGCCCCUUCUCUGGUGAACACCUCCGCGGCCGGGGGGGGUGAUCCUUUCCUCCAACUCCUCUUCCUCGGAAACACCUUCCAGCCUCCCUAAUCCCUCGACUGUCCCUUGUGUCUCCAAUCUGCUUGACAUGAAACCCGUCCCGCUCCUGGCUCUAAAUGUUGUAUCCACCGCCUCCUCUACCUCAUCCUCUGCUGUUCCUGCCUCUGCUACCCAGCUGUAUACUAAAGUGAAAUCGGAAAAGCAGCGUUUCUCUCCUUAUUGA